CCAGCGAGGAUCCUUUAAUUGAUAAGAGACUGCUGCGGUGAGCCAGUGGAAGCAAAAGGAAGGUUUCGUCAGCAAUUCCCAGUAAAUCAUGGUUCAGAUUAUUAAAGACAUGGAUGAAUUAAAAACAUUUUUGAAAGCUGCUGGAUGCAAACUUGUGGUGGUUGAAUUUUCAGCAAAAUGGUGUGGUCCUUGCAAAAGGAUUUAUCCUCUUAUUCAUGCAAUGUCUCUGCAAUACCGAAAUGUGAUGUUUGCUAAUGUGGAUGUGGAUGAUUCUAAGGAGUUGGCCCAAAGUUAUCACAUCAAAUCAGUACCCACAUUUCAGAUGUUCAAGCAAACCCGGAAGGUAACCCUAUUCUCGAGACUCAAAAGAGCAAUUUGCUGUUAUGAAAAUGGAUUCAUGAGCGAGCCGAUUUUUGAAUUUUGUGGAGCUGAUGCUCAAAAAUUGGAAGCGAAGAUUCAAGAAUUAAUAGGCCCUGCACAGCUAAGUCACACCAUGCCAUUAAGAAGGUUUUCCAGAGAUUGCCAAAGAUGGAACUCUUCACAGUGGUCAAGAAACAAAUAAAUACUGCAUUGCCCUGGUGUACUCCAAACAGGCCCACCAUCCCAUUUUAACUAUAAAACAGGACAUGUCAGAGUUCAAGAGAAUUCCCUGGAAACCAGUCUUCUCCAUC